AUGAUCGGAGAGGAAGACUACGACCAUCUUUACAAGCUGGUGCUUGUCGGCGAUGCCACCGUGGGUAAGACUCACAUAUUGUCACGGUACAUCAAGGGCACCCUGCCAAAAGCGCCAACAGCAACGAUCGGUGUCGAGUUCGCGACGCGGACUGUUAGCUUAGAUACAGGCUGUACAGUGAAGGCCCAGAUUUGGGACACAGCUGGCCAGGAGAGGUACAGAGCCAUCACCAGCGCUCACUACAGACGAGCGGUUGGAGCGCUGCUGGUCUACGACAUCACGCAGCCAGCGACUUUCAAGAGUUGCCAAAGAUGGAUGGAUGAGUUGCGUUCAAAUGCAGAGCCAGACAUCGUCAUCAUGCUGGUCGGGAACAAGGUGGACCUGGCAGAGAAAAGUGCCGGCGACCGUCAGGUCGACUUUGACACGGCCUCUGACUUUGCUUCCCAGCAAGGGCUUCUGUUUGAAGAGGCAAGUGCAGUGACCGGCGCGAACAUCAAAGCGUGCUUCGAGAAGCUGCUCAAGGAAAUCUACAGCACAACCCAGCAUCGAAGAGACAGGGAGCCGAUGGAUCCCACCAACAGCAUGCACUUGCAGG